AUGGGUAAACGAGACAAGAAAACCGGAAAAGGUCGUCUGGAUAAAUACUAUCACUUGGCGAAAGAACAGGGUUAUCGUGCUCGUUCUGCUUUCAAGCUCAUUCAAAUAAACAAGAAAUACAAUUUCCUCGAAAAGUCGCGCGUAUUGAUAGAUCUAUGCGCUGCUCCUGGUGGUUGGUUACAAGUAGCUAAAAAGUAUAUGCCCACUCAGAGUCUUAUAAUAGGCGUCGAUCUAGUACCAAUAAAACCUAUACCCGGGAUAAUAACGUUACAAGAUGACAUUACAACUGACAAAUGCAGAGCAAACCUACGAGCAGAAUUAAAGCACUGGAAAGCUGAUGUAAUUUUGCACGAUGGCGCUCCCAAUGUCGGUGUUGCAUGGAUACAAGACGCAUAUUCGCAAUGUGAAUUGACAUUGAUGGCUUUAAAACUGUCUGUUGGGUUUCUGACGCAAGGAGGAAUCUUUGUGACUAAGGUGUUUAGAUCAGCAGACUAUAAUAACCUAUUGUGGGUAUUUAAUCAGCUGUUUAAGAGCGUUGAAGCGACCAAGCCAGCGUCUUCGAGAACCGUUUCUGCAGAAAUAUUUGUAAUAUGUCGCGAUUUUAUAGCUCCCAAAAAAAUCGACCCAAAACUUCUUGAUCCACGUGCAGUAUUUAAAGAACUCAAUGCUGGACCAUCUCUAUCUGCCAUGGAAUUUAUUGAUUCGGAAGAUCCCAUCAAACUUCUUGGAGAUGUUAACCAAAUAACAUUCGAUAAUGAGGAAGCGAUAAAAUUGUGUCAACACAAAUGUACAAAUGAAGAUAUUAAGGCUUCGUGUGAGGAUAUUAAAGUCUUGGGAAAGAGAGAGUUUAAGGAUUUGCUAAAAUGGAGGAAGAAAAUUAGAGAGUGGCAGGACGUUGAACCAGAGGAUGAGGAUAAGGCCAUUCAGGAAGAGCUCGACAGACUCGUGCAGGAAGCAAAAGCAAAAACAAAGAAACUGCGACGUAAAGCAAAUGAGAAACGACAGAAGAGUGUUGUUCGAAUGCAACUUAACAUGGUCACACCUGCUGAGAUUGGAAUAGAAAGUAAUCAAACCGGCGAGCUUAUGUUCGAUCUCAAGGAAGUCGAUGGAACAGAGGCAAACAAAUUGCGGAAAGGCAAAGGGGAAGUAGUUCUCGAUGAAAAAGAACUUGAUAAUGAUGAUAUCGUUAUUGGCGAAGGUGAAGAUGAAAAUGCCGAGGACGUUGAGGAUGUUGAUUCUGAAACUGCCGCGUUGGAGGCAGAGUUUGAUGCUUUGGAUGAAUCAGGCAGUGACAAUUUCGAUGAACUGGAGGCUGACAUAGACGACUUAUACGAAGAAUAUAAAGAGCGCAGAGCGGAACGAGAUGCGAAAUAUGCCGCACUCAAGCGGAGAGCGGAAAAGAUGGAGGGAUUGUCAGAAGAUGAUGCAGCCGAUGGCAUGGAAAUAGAUUCAAUCUCAAAAGACAAUGAUGCAGAAACGAGUGAUAGCGAUGUAUCAGAUGAACAAGAAAAGAUGGUUGAACAAGACCAAGAACAAUCCGAGUCGGGAGAUGCAAAAAAUAAUACACUCAAGCGCAAAGCAGAAGAGAUGGAUGAGUCCUCAGACGACACAGAAGACGAUGAUAUAGAAAUAGUUCCAAAGGCAGAUGAAAGCGAAGAAGAAAUGUGGGAUGCUAACGCGUCAGACGAAGACGAGGAAAAAAUGAAAAAAGCUCAAACCUACGGAUUAACAACAGCCGAAGCGAUAACUCUAGCACAGCAGUUAGUAAACCGACAAAAAACGACUGCGUCUCUAAUCGAUGACGGGUUCAAUCGUUAUGCUUUCAAUGAUCGCGCUGAUCUGCCAUCGUGGUUUCUUGAUGACGAAACGAAACACAAUAAACCCAAUCUGCCCGUUACCAAAGAGGCCAUACAGGUUCUACGAGAACGUAUGAAAGCGCUUAAUGCUCGACCGAUCAAGAAGAUUGCAGAAGCAAAGGCUAGGAAAAAAAUGAGGGCAGUGAAAAAAUUAGCAAAAUUACAGAAAAAGACCGAAGCCGUUGCCGAGGGUAAGGACAUGACAGAGAGAGAGAAGGCAGAGGUUAUUGCAAAAAUGGUGAAUAAAGCAGCAAAGACAAAGAAAAGGCAAGUUAAAGUAGUGGUUGCGAGAGGGCCAAAUAGAGGAAAUAAAGGACGGCCUAAAGGUGUAAAGGGACGUUAUAAGAUGGUGGAUGCGAGAAUGAAGAAAGAAGUUCGUGCUCUGAAAAGAGCCGAGAAGCAUGGUAAAAAGUCGAAAAAGCAAAAGCGAUAA